GCGACUUCUCUUUGCUCCUUCGAUACCGGAUACUCGGCAGAUUGUAUCGAGUUCUGCCCACACGAGGGGUUUGAGCACAUCUUUGUAUGCGGGACGUAUCAGGUCCUUGAGCCGGCGGCGGCGGUACCCGUAGGACGAGAUGACGAGGAUGAAGAGGAAGAGGAAGAGGAUGCUGCUCCGAGGCAGACACAGCGGACGGGCAGGCUGCUGCUUUUCAAAGUAGAUCAGGAUCAAUCAACUUUCUCGGAGCUUCAGCGGAUAGAUACAGCAGCCAUAUUAGACGCUAAAUGGUCUCCACAUCUCGAAGGUGGUUGUCCGGUCUUGGCAGUGGCCGAUGCCAAAGGCGGCAUCACGCGCUAUGCCUUGAGCACUGAGCUUGUGAGCUUACAUUCAACCCUCGAGAGGGUGGAAGUAACAGAAGACACCACAUUAUGUCUCUCCCUCGACUACGCUCGCUGUCCUGCCAGGUCCGCCUCGCCCACAUCCAACGACCUUAUCACCUCCCUGUCGUCCGGACAUUUGACCCACCUCACACCCACGCCGACCGGCUACGUCUCCACCUCUUCCUGGCAAGCACACGCCUACGAGCCCUGGAUUGCCGCUUGGGACGUCUGGGAUCCCAAUCGCGUCUGGUCGGGCGGAGACGACUGCGUGCUCAAGGUGUGGGAUGUGCGGAUGCUGGAGAUACCCGCUGGGCGAUGUAAAGACUUCGAGGCGGGGGUGACUACUAUUGCUAGUUCGCCCUACAAUGAGUAUUUGCUUGCUGUUGGAAGUUACGACGCCAAUCUCCGGCUAUUUGACUCUCGAUCCCUCAAAUCGCCUGUCAGGAUCAUCCCCACCGCCGGUGGGAUCUGGCGUACCAAGUUUCAUCCCGCAGGGGAUCGGAAAGGAGAUAUCCUUCUCGCUGGGAUGCACGGCGGUUUCAGCAUGGUCCACCUCGACAAGUCUAUCGUCGGCGUAUCAGGCGCAGGGGAGACUGUGUCCGAGUGGGAGGCUACAGGAGAUGAGGCAGGUAGCGAGAUUAUCGGCAGGUUCGAAGGGCACACGAGCUUAGCGUAUGGAGCGGACUGGUGUCGACUACCACCUACGGCCGAGGGGAGUCUCAUAAUCAGUUGUUCGUUCUACGACCACACCAUGCAUAUGUGGCGC